AUUUCAACACGCUUUGCCAGGCAAGGCUUGUCACCGAGCAGGCGAUGCUCUGGUGCUGACAGUGUAGGCUUUCGUCCCCAUUUCGCACCCCACGACUACAUCUUAAGCAGCAGGCUUGCGGAAAAUUGCGCAAAUGUAGCCAUCUGCUUCAAGUCAAGGUACUAUUCGCACUUUACCGGAUUUCUCUAUGCUGCAGCUCUUACAACGUCACUAUCGAAGAUGGCAGCCUCCUCCGUCGCCGUGCCGGCGCUACAGGAGCCUCCUGACCUGGAAGCCGUGGACCUCGACAGCCAAUCCGAGACGUGCUCCACCACCUCCAGCUUCGCCGUUCGCGUGGGCGCCACUGACGAAGACGUAAGCGACGCGGUGCCCAAGCGUCUCGAGAGUCCGGGGACGCACGAACACGCCGAGGCAGCACUACAUCUCACUUCUGACCUGAAGACUUUUAUCAACACUUGCAUCGCCUUCUUGGGGUCCGGAGUGUUGGGCUUGCCGUAUGCAUUUCGCAAAUGUGGUAUUUUGGUGCGGAAUGGCAACAAUUAUUGUCGUGGGAAUUUCAUUGUCACUGACGUUUAGUUUUUAGAUGGGCUUGGUGACGCUAGUUGGAGUGGCGGCAGUGAGCACAUACGCCAUGAUGCUCGUGGUGCAGUGCAAAUACAAACUCAAGCAACAGGGCAACAUCAUCUCCAAGUACGGAGAGAUCGGAUACUUUGCCAUGGGUCACAUCGGCUCGGUCAUUGUCAAUACCGCCCUCGUGAUCUCGCAGACUGGAUUCUGCAUCGCCUAUUUGAUUUUUAUUGCAUCCAAUGCGCACAAGUUCUUGGACGUAUCAAAGCAAUUGGUGGUUUCAGUUUGUGUGCCGCCACUUGUUGGGUUUUCAUUGCUGCGGCACAUGAGAGAGUUGGCGUAUGUGGCGCUACUCGCUGAUUUCAUGUGCAUCCUUGGCCUGCUGGUUGUGCUCAAUAUUGAUUUGAGUUACAUGGAUCUGGAUCACGACUACAUCGAGCCUAUGGGUGUAGUAUCUGCCAUUCCCUUCUUCUUUGGCGUGGCGAGUUACUGCUUUGAAGGGGUUGGAAUGGUGUUGCCACUGGAGAAUUCGAUGCGCAACAAACACAACUUCAUGCCGAUCCUCGUGUGCACGGUCGUGAUCAUCACGUCGUUGUAUGCCACGUUCGGUAUCUGCGGCUACCUCGCUUUCGGCAACGACACGAAUGCCGUUAUCACUCUCAACUUCGAAGGCAGCGGCGGCUUGGUCACGCUCGUCAAGAUUUUCCUGUGCUUGGGGCUUUUCUUUACAUACCCCGUGAUGUUAUUCCCAGUAUUUGAAGUGCUCCAACCAAUGGUGGCAUGUGGCAACAAGCUUGAGAACCCACAAACCACUCAGAAAAAAGGGAUUCUUCUGCGUGCUGGGAUUGUGUUACUCACCGCAGUGGUCGCUGCCGGUAUUCCAGAUUUUGGCCGAUUUAUUUCGUUUAUUGGCUCGACAUGCUGCUCGUUACUGGCUUUUAUCUUACCAGCAUUUUUCCAUUUACGUCUCUUUCAAGAUGAACCAUCGACGUGUGGGAACCGCUUGCACCAGCUUUUCCUGUGUGGGAUGAUGCUCCUAGGUUUUGUGAUGCUGGGAGCAGGUGUUGUCGAAGCAAUCGACAGUGUAUUCUAAGUCAAGACUACCCGUUCUCAACAAUGGAGAGGCGAAAAACUGCAAAAAUUAAUGUCAGAGUGUCGUUUUUUUUCCCUUCUGUAUGGAUUAACAAUGGGUUGUAAGUAGACAUUUCUCAUCCCAG